AAGUACUGUCUCUACGGAUCGCCCGAUAAGUACUGUCUCUACGGAUCGCCCGAUAAGUACUGUCUCUACGGAUCGCCCGAUAAGUACUGUCUCUACGGAUCGCCCGAUAAUUACUGUCUCUACAAAAGAAGACAGAUUGAUCGAGUGUUGGGAUCGUUGGAGAACUCUUUGGCCGACUUUUUUGCCACUGAUUUCGUGCAGAAGACACUAAUGGGCGCAGAAAUGACUGAACAGAUCAAACAAAUUGCCCGCAAGUACUGCAAGAAAGACAAAGAUUUAUUCCUGACUCGAUUUGAACUACUGAAAAGCAUACACAACGUGCUCACGGAUGCUAAUCAUCGGACAAUUGUUGACCAGUUUAUAAAGAGUGUGGGACCACAAGCGGCCAAAAUGUACGACAAGUUUGAGCAACAAUUGGGUGGCAUUGGCGAAGAGCUGCGCCUACAGCCGAUGGACGAGCACUCUAUUGACUAUAAACUGCUCAUUUACCGCGAAAUGAAACGUGGUUCAUUAUUGAGACUCCUGGUCACCCUAGCCGUAAAGAAAUGGAGUGACAUACGGCUGGCUGAGUACCUGAUUGGUCAGCCCCGGUACCGGCCAAACAUAAUGGCCACCAACUUAUUGCAUAUGAACGUUGAUCUAAAGCAAGUGAUGACUGUCUGUAAGAGUAUAAUCGAUGCAAAUGGUGUCAAUGUGUCGGCCGCUGAAGAGGCAGAACUGAUCCAAUUGGCCAAAGAGGUGUUCGCGAUUAAUAGUAAAUUUUAUCAACAUGUUUAG